UCCCACCUCUCUAGGAACCAAACUCUCUCCCUUUAACCCUUCCUGUGGCUCCGUGAGGGGAGUUUGCCGCUUUGGCCUCUCCCUCCUCCUCCUUCCGAGAUGAGAAUAGAUUUUUGGCUGAGAAUUUUGGAGUAGAGCCUGUUGAGGGAUUUCUUUUCCUUGAAAGAAAAGGGAGGAAAACCAUCUUGGAUACAGCUUGGUUCUUCAUCAGAGUGGUUCCAACAUGGAGAGACCCAACUCACCUGAACUUGAAGCAGGACUUGGGAGCAGAGGGGAAUUCUGGGAGAGAACUAUGCAGACAUUCCUGAAUGCCCACACGCAACAGCGCCAGCGCUUCAGGCAGUCCUCCUACCAGGAGGGCGAGGGACCCAGAGAGGUUUGCAGCCGCCUCCACUCUCUCUGCCGCCAGUGGCUGAAGCCAGAGCAACACACCAAGGCUGAGAUGCUGGACCUGGUGAUCCUGGAGCAGUUCCUGAGCCUCCUGCCCCCAGAGAUGGGGAGCUGGGUCCGAGAGUGUGGGGCAGAGACCUCUUCCCAGGCGGUGGCCCUGGCAGAAGGAUUCCUCCUGAGUCGGGCAGAGGACAACAGGCAGGAAGAACAGGCCCAAAAUAACUGCAUGGAAGUCCAAUUUAAUGUCCCUGCAUCAGAGAAAUCUCCAUCAAACACCACCCAGAGCCUCAGGCCGAAGGAACUCAAGCAGGAAGGAGAUGAAGCUGCAGCCUUGGAGGAGGCUGGAAUGAUGUCGUUGCUGAAUUCCCGAUCGUUGCUUCCCCUUUGUGGCAGAGUCGAACUGAAUCAGGGCUCAAUCUCCUUUGAGGACGUGGCUGUCCAUUUCUCCCCGGAGGAGUGGGUGAUUCUGAAUCCUGUUCAGAAAGUCUUGCACGUGGAGAUCAUGGAGGAGAUUCAUGGCAUUGUGGACUCUCUUGUAGAUAACAGGGAGAAGAACAAUGUAUGCAACAAACACAGGAAGCAUUUUGGGCACAAUGGGGGCCUUCAUAGACAUCAGCAAGCCCACAGUGAAGAUCAGGUUUCAGACACAAAUGUGGCACUUGUGCUUCACAAGACACUCCACGCUGGGACAAGCCAUCUUAAAUGGAAAGUAUCAGCAAAAUGUGUGGUUGAUUACAAAUUGCCAGAUCUGUGCCAACAAGAAAUCUUUGAAGGAAAUGAGGAUUUCAUGAGUAAGGAGUGUGAGAAACCAUACAAAUGCAAGGAAUGUGGAAAAUGUUUUGUUCAAAGUUCGUCCCUUGUGAGCCACCAGAGAGUCCACACUGGAGAAAACCCAUAUAGUUGCCCAUAUUGUGGGAAAUGUUUUCCUUCCAGUUCAAGUUUGGUGAAGCACAAAAGACUUCAUACAGGAGAGAAGUCAUUCCAAUGCCAGGAGUGUGGGAAAUAUUUUGCUCGCAGUUCAGCCUUGGCGAAGCACAAAAGGCUCCACACAGGAGAGAAGCCAUACCAAUGCCAGGAGUGUGGGAAAUGUUUUGUUUACAGCUCACAAUUGCUGAGCCACAGAAGACUCCACACAGGAGAGGAGCCAUACCAAUGCCAGGAGUGUGGAAAAGGUUUUGCUAACAGUUCAAACUUGUUGAGGCACAAAAGACUCCACACAGGAGAGAAACCAUACCAAUGCCAGGAGUGUGGGAAAUACUUUGUUUUCAGUUCAGCCUUGGUGAGCCACAAAAGACUCCACACAGGAGAGAAGCCAUACCAAUGCCAGGAGUGUGGGAAAUGUUUUGCUGAAAGUUCAGCCUUGGUGAAGCACAAAAGACUCCACACAGGAGAGAAACCAUAUCAAUGCCAGGAGUGUGGGAAAUGUUUUGCUGACAGUUCAGCCUUGGUGAAGCACAAAAGACUCCACACAGGAGAGAAACCAUACCAAUGCCAGGAGUGUGGGAAAUACUUUGUUUCCAGUUCAGCCUUGGUGAGCCACAAAAGACUCCACACAGGAGAGAAGCCAUACCAAUGCCCGGAGUGCGGAAAAUGUUUUGCUGAUACGUCAGCCUUGGCGAAGCAUAAAAGACUCCACACAGGAGAGAAGCCAUACCAAUGCCAGGAGUGUGGGAAAUGUUUUGCUGAUACGUCAGCCUUGGCGAAGCACAAAAGACUCCACACAGGAGAGAAGCCAUACCAAUGCCAGGAGUGCGGGAAAUGUUUUGCUGAUACGUCAGCCUUGGUGAAGCACAAAAGACUCCACACAGGAGAGAAGCCAUACCAAUGUCAGGAGUGUGGGAAAUGUUUUGCUCACAGUUCAGGAUUGGUGAGGCAUAAAAGACUUCACACAGGAGAUAAGCCAUACCAAUGCCAGGAGUGUGGGAAAUGUUUUGCUGACAGUUCAGCCUUGGUGAAGCACAAAAGACUCCACACAGGAGAGGAGUCAUACCUAUGCCAAGAGUGUGAUAAAUGUUAUGCUUCUAAGUCAUCACUUCUGAGACACCAGAGCAUCCACACAGGAAAGAAUCCAUACAAAUGUUAGGAUUGUGGAAAAUGUUUUAUUCAGAGUUCAUCCCUUUUAAGGCACCAGAGAAUUCAUAAAUAAGAAAAACUAUCCAAAGAGUUUGACCAAAGUAAUGAAAUGAAUUGCAACAGGUACAUUGCAGGUUGUGGACAAUCUGGUUCUGCAGACUCUACAGUCAACAUUUUCCGAUAUGCCCAGCUGGGAGGAGGGAGUUUGCUCCUUUGGCCUCUCCCUCCUCCUCUUCCUCUGGGUGGUUCCAACAUGGAGAGAUCUAACUCACCUGGAUCUGAAGCAGGCAGGACUCCAGGGAGCAGCGGGGAAUCCUGGGGAAGAACCACAAAUAAGUUCCUGAGUUUGGACCUUUAUAGCUCAGACAUACAGCGCCAGCGCUUCAAGCAGUUGUGCUACCAAGAGGGCGAGGGACCCAGAGCGGUUUGCAGCCGCCUCCACGAUCUCUGCCGCCAAUGGCUGAAGCCAGAGCAACACACCAAGGCGGAGAUGCUGGACCUGGUGAUCCUGGAGCAGUUCCUGAGAAUCCUGCCCCCAGAGAUGGGGAGCUGGGUCCGAGAGUGUGGGGCAGAGACCUCUUCCCAGGCGGUGGCCCUGGCGGAAGGCUUCCUCCUGAGUCGGGCAGAGGACAAGAGGCAGGAAGAACAGGCCCAAAAUAACUGCACGGAAGUCCAGUCUAAUGUCCCUGCAUCAGAUAAAUCUCCAUCAAACACAACCCAGAGUCUCAGGCAGAAGGAGCUCAAGCAGAAAGGAGAUGGGGCUGCAGCCUUGGAGGAGGCUGGAAUGAUGUUGUUGCCGAAUCCUCGAUUGUUUCUUCCCCUUUGUGAUGGAGUGGAAGUGAAUCAGGGCCCAUUCGCCUUUGAGGACGUGGCUGUCCAUUUCUCCCCAGAGGAGUGGGUUCUUUUGAAUCCUGAUCAGAAAGUCUUGCACAUGCAAAUCAUGGAGGAGAUUCAUGGGAUUGUGGACUCUCUUGUAGAUAACGGGGAGGAGAGCCAAGUAUGCACCAAAUUCAGAAAGCAUUUGGGACACAAUAGGGGCUUUCAUACACACCUGCAAACCCAGAAUGAAGAUGAAGAUUCAACCAGUGAAAAGCCCUACAAAUGCAAUGUAGGUGGUGAAUGUUUUCCCCAAAAUGUGGCACUUGUGCUUCACAAGACACUUGAUGCUGGGACAAGCCAUCAACAAUGGAAAGUAUUUGCAAAAUAUGUUGUUGAUUACAAAUUGCCAGAUCUGUGUCAACAAAUCUUUGAAGGAAAUGAGGAUUUCAUGAACGAGGAGUGUGAGAAACCAUACAAAUGCAAGGAAGGUGGAAAAUGCUUUGUUCAAAGUUCAUCCCUUGUGAGCCACCAGAGAGUCUACACCGGAGAAAACCCAUAUAGUUGCACAGAUUGUGGGAAAUGUGUUUCUUCCAGUUCAAGCUUGGUGAGGCACAAAAGACUCCACACAGGAGAGAAGCCAUACCAAUGUCAGGAGUGCGGGAAAUGUUUUGCUGCCAGUUCAGACUUGGUGAGCCACAAAAGACUUCACACAGGAGAGAAGCCAUACCAAUGCCAGGAGUGUGGAAAAUGUUUUGCUGACAGGUCAGCCUUGGCGAAGCACAAAAGACUCCACACAGGAGAGAAGCCAUACCAAUGCCAGGAAUGUGGGAAAUGUUUUGUUUACAGUUCACAAUUGCUGAGCCACAAAAGACUCCAUACAGGAGAGAAACCAUACCAAUGUCAGGUGUGCGAGAAAUGUUAUGUUUACAGUUCACAAUUGAUGAGGCACAAAAGACUACACACAGGAGAGAAGCCAUACCAAUGCCAGGAGUGUGGGAAAAGUUUUGCUGACAGCUCAGCCUUGGUGAGCCACAAAAGACUCCACACAGGAGAGAAUCCAUACCAAUGCCAGGAGUGUGGGAAAUGUUUUGCUUCCAGUUCAUGCUUGGUGAGGCACAAAAGACUUCACACAGGAGAGAAGCCAUACCAAUGCCAGGAGUGUGGAAAAUGUUUUGCUUCCAGUUCAGGCUUGGUGAAGCACAAAAGACUUCACACAGGAGAAAAGCCAUACCAAUGCCAGGAGUGUGGAAAAUGUUUUGCUGACGGUUCAGCCUUGGUGAGGCACAAAAGACUCCACACAGGAGAUAAGCCAUACCAAUGCCAGGAGUGUGGAAAAUGUUACCCAUGUAAGUCAUCACUUCUGAGACACCAGAGCAUCCACACAGGAGAGAAGCCAUUUCAAUGCCAGGAGUGUGGGAAAUGUUUUACUCAGAGUUCAUCCCUUUUGAGCCACCAGAGAAUUCAUACAAGAGAAACACCAUCCAAAGAGCUGGGUCAAAAGUAAUAACGUGAAUUGCAACAGGGAAAUUGCGGGUUGUGGACAUUCUGGUGCUGUAGACUAUUUAUUCAACAUUUUCCAAUGAACCUGAGUGAUUCCUUUGGUGUUAAGUAGCACUUGGCUUGACUUUGGACUGAUCUUUUAGACAACUCUAUCCUUGGUUUCAAACACUGUUCAGGUUUGUUGUUUUUGUUUUGCUUUAUUUCACUUGGGACUGUUUUGGAGAACUCUUUUGCUUCUCUGGACACUGACAUCACCAUUGAACUGGACUAUUUUCCCCGAUUAGCCUUUGUGGGUAAACAUCUGAUUUGAAACAGAACCCUUUGAGAAGUUCUGACUACGAUUUGUUGGGGUCCCUGUUCUUGUCAUUUGAAUCUCUAAGUGGAGGUCCUGUUCUUGGAACAGCAGAAAGCAACCUCCCUGUUACAAUCCUUCAGAGAGUGCAAUAUGAUGUCACCUAUUCUGAAAACAAAAACCCAUAUGUAAUUCCAUUAAUUGUUCCUCUUGGGCUUAGUUUCCAGCUCCUUUACCACCUUCUUUGCAAGUUUUCUCUUUGUGAAUGUUGUUUUUCAGCUGUAAUUCCAGAAUUGAACACAGGGCUUCUGGUGAGGCAAAACCAAAGAAAAAGAUUCUUGCACUAUUACGGUAUUUCCCUUGAUAUGCAAAUUAUAUUUCUGGCUAGAAUUUACUGUAUGUUUCCCUGCUUCUGGCACACAUCCUUUUAAUGCACAUUAAAUUGAAAAACACGAAUCUCGUUAUUUUAGAGUUAACAAUGUUAUAUAUCAUUGAUUUUAUUAUAGACUAUCAGAAUUUGAUUCAUUUCGCAAAAUUUUAGUCCUGGGAUCUUAUACAUGAAAUAAAUAAUUUUGUGUAAAGCAGCCAAGGGCAAACUUUGGCCUUUCAGGUGUUCUUUGAACUUUAACUCCCACAAUUCUUAACAGUUGGUUAGCUGGCUGGGAUUCCUGGGAGUUGAAGAUCAAACACCCAGACGGCCGAUGUUUGCCGAUAUAGAGUGAAAACAACAACGACAACAUUUGUACAAUUAAUAAAAGUUUCCCAACUAGUCACUUUCAAUUGCUUGAGAUAAUCCAAUUACUAAUAAAGGUAAAAGUAAAGGACCUUUA